UUGGCUGAAAAAGAAAGCGAAUCAGCAACAGGGAAACGAGAAAUAGCUGAGUCUAUGGGUCGAGACACAGCUAGUUAUACUGAUGGACCCAAAGAAGAACCCAAGGAGGAAACAUAUCUCGUAGAAGAGAUAGGAGGAUUUAAGCUACCAGUGCUUAUAUAUAAUCAACAUAUAAACUGCUUAUUGGAUACUGGUGCUGCUGUAAAUAUUAUAAACGCUAAGCUUUUCGAUUCGAUAAAGGAAUAUGUGGAAUUAAGUCCAACUCGAAUCACUCUUCAAGUUGCAAAUGGAGUGUGGCAAAUGCUUGCACUUUACAUCUGUUCCGAGGAGAUCCCUAUAAACCAAUGGACUACUGUCAGUACAAUGUUGCAUUGACAUUUAAUAGUGACAAACUCUCAUUGCUUGGACCUUAUAUUUUAAUUGAGAACACAUCUUCCAAGCAGACCCUAUUAUACAAAACUUUAUUCGACCGGGACAAAUGUAUAAAUUAUGUGUGGUAACAUUACCGUGUAGCUGUAGAAUCCAGAAUGGUGAUAGGGAUGAACUGAUAGCUCCAUUUUGUAAUGCUGAUGUAUUCCAGUUUAUCGAACAUGUAAGUGUUCGAACACCAUUCGUCAUCAAGUAUCAACAGAUGAUGCCAAAAGAGAAUGGAGAGGAUUUGAAGGACAGAGAGUUACCACCCCUGCCAGAGGUCAUGUCCCAAGCUAGUGAGUUUAACAGAGAUAUGGAUGACGUAGUUCGAUCCCUUAUCAUUGACGGAAAAUGGGAAUCCGAUACUGACAUUGAUUUAGCUUUUGAACAACACUGGAUUAUAGAAAUUUUCCAAGUUAUCUUCAUUGUUAUUGCUCUGAUUCUGGGACUGUAUGUGCUAAGAAAGGAAAAGAUUCACGAAAAACUCUUCAUUCGUCUCAGGAAUGUAUUCUUAAGAAGACAUAUGCCUGGACAAGAGAAAGCCAAAAAGGAUGAACCAAACCAAGGACUGGAAUGAGACUUGAACACUUAUUAUACUGUAUUUUAUAUAUUAUAUUAUACUCAAUAAUAUAACUUAUAACCACUAUAACCACAUUAGAAACUGGGCUAGUUAACUUGUUAACAAAGAUAACAAUUGAAAAUAUGUACACAAUACAUUGACAUUUGUUUCAAAUUGUAAAUAGGCAUGUCCAAGUAAACUUAAGCUAUUAAUAUGUAAUCACUGAAACAAAAAGUUAGCACUUUUCUUAGAUCCUUUUAUUGUUUGAGGACAAACAAAUUUGUUAGGUGGGAGGAAUGUGA